CAGACCCAUCUUUUGGGACCAGCAAUUCUUCGAGAGGAACUGCCUCCCGGAGUUCGCAGGCGCUGUGUUCACACCGGGCUACACCACGGCUACUCAGCUGCUCCUAGAGUGGCGCAUCCUCAACCAAAUGUUGGGGAAAUCUUACACCCCCAGCGAUGGCUCCACCAGUCAUCUUCCGCUCCGCACGUUGCACUGCCUGCACUCCAUCAGCCAGGAUGAAGACAAUCUUCAUUUGUCCUCUCUCAACGCCAAUACGGUCGCCAAGGCCUCUCGCUGUGGUCGUGCUCUGGCGCGGUACUUCAACAUCGACCUCUCCGGGUUAACUGUCAUACUGCCACCGACACCCUUCUCCAGGGACACCCUACGGCGCCAGCUGAUACUGCAGCAUGACGGGGACAUGACCUGGAUCCGAAGACUUCCUCGCCCUGUUCCUCGUCCACCAGAGGGCGAGUAUCUCCCCGAGGCGAGCGAUGCUGCAGCUCGUCGGACCACUCGCCGGACCAAUCGUCGGACCACACCUUCAGCAGCUGGCGCCUCCACUUCCGCUGCUGGCCCGUCUGCUGCUGCACCCACCUCCUACAUUGCUGAGCAGCUGGCAGCCCUUUCCCGCCAGAACGAGCAGAUCCUUGCUGGCCAGGAGCACAUCAACGCCCAACUCGACCGUGAGCGCGACGGUCGGCGCCGCAUCAUUUCGGCUCAGCAUUACAUGAUGAGCUACUAGGACAUGGACCCUGCUGCUGUUAGCUAACCUUGGGAGGCUUCCCCGGGGCAUGAGGAUUUCUACCCGCAUCCCACUAGCGACGGAGGCGAUGAGAACUGAUCUGGCUCGGCCUACUCGCCCAUCGAGUUGGGCUCAAUAUUGUGUUUCCAGACUAAGACUCAGAGUCCAUAUUGUGUUUCCUUUUCUAUUUGUCUUGUUUCUUUGGAUUGUAUACUUGGAACUAUGGUUUCUUUCACCCCAUGUGUGUGUUUUGCUGACUAUAGCUCUGUGUCGUUGGACUGGUCCUUAUCCAGUCCUCUACUAUUGACUGGUCCGCCCUCUAGUCCCCGUUCCUGACCACUGUUUCAUGGUAACAUCAUCCCCCUUCCCUCUGCUCCAUUGAGGACACUGUCGCAUUUAAGUAUGGUGGGGUUCUUUGUAUUCAUUGAAACGUAUAUAGGUGUUCUUGGAGCCUAGUCCGCUGUCCAAAUCUCGAGAUUUGAGGGCUCCAAGCACUGUUUUUUGCUUGAUCAUACAGGCACUGUGGUUUAAUUGGUGAAUCGAAUGGCUUUCGAAUUAAUGCAUGACAACUGGAAUGUGACUAGGACAACCUAUAAUGAUGACUGAGACGUGCAGUAGAAUUGUUUAGGAGUUCAGUUUUUCAACUGUUUGCUUACCAACUGUGACUUGGAUUGAUCACUUGUUCUUGAUAGUCAUUUAUGCAUCUAGUUCAGGGAAUCAGAAUGAGAGAUAGAGCAUAUAGGUAGCCAUGUGAGAUUUGAGCCUGCUCGUUUCUUUCUUGCGCGAUAGUUCCCUCUUCCAUGAUGUGCAGCAUUCACGUUGUCAUUAGUUAAGAUGAUGGAGGCAUAGGAUUAGCCCACGACCAAAUUGACUGUCCUGGUGUGUCAUACCCCCUAGUCAGCCCCUUUGAGCCGUGUGUUAUCCUUUCUUUCGGUCUACAAUUGAAAAUCACCCUUUUGCAUCUCUUAGAAGGUUCCACAGAGUGGUUUUUACAUGUUCUCUGCUGUUUUUGCUAAAUAUAUUGUGAGGGUUGGAGGUAGUGCUUAAAAAUUGGGCAUGUGUUUGAAAAAUAGGGUUGGAGGUAGUCCUUAAAAAUUGGGCAUGUGUUUGAAAAAUGUGCAGAGGUGGUGGUUCUCUUAAGAAAUGAAAAAAAAUGAA